ACUCCGUCCCCGUCGCUCUUCAUUUCUCAAUCCCGCCGACCAGGAGCUUCCCCGGACCUCGUCGCGGCACCGCAAUGGUGGUCUCGUACACGCAGGAGCACGUGUACCGCCACCCCUGGCACCGCGUCACCGCGGCGGCGUGGCGCAAGUUCACGGACCCGGCGGCGCGCGAGGCGCCGCUCUCCCACAUCCUGGACGUGGAGACGCUCUCCCGCGACGUCGACCCGCGCGCCGGGCGCCUCCACGCCGUGCGCGUCAUCGCGGGCCGGCCCCCGCCGCUCCCGUUCCUCGUCCGCGGCCUCGUCGCCAGCGCGGGCGCCGGGGACCUCGUGCUCUGCGUGGAGCGCACCUCCGUUGACGCGGCCGCCCGGGCCAUGCGCGUGGUCUACCGCAACGCCACCUUCCGGCGGCUCGUGGACGUGGAGGAAGCGUGCAGCUACGCGCCCCACCCGGACCGGCCGGACGACUGGACGGUGUUCACGCAGGAGACGCGCAUCCGGUGCGCGCCGCUCGCCGCCGUGUCGGCCGCGGUGGCCGAGAUGGUGGAGCGGCGGUGCGCGGAGAGCUUCGUGCAGAACGCGGCCAAGGGGAUGGAGGUCGUCGAGAGGAUCUGCGAAGGCCUGGCCGACGGAGAAAAGUAGGAGCAGAGCAUUGGGCGCUACUUAUUUUUGCUUGCUCU